AUGCCCCCCGCCCAAGCAAAGAAGCGUUUGAAUACACCCUCCGCGCCAGCUAUCAGUUAUGGUCAACCCAUUUCAACACCAAUGAUAGCCUCCGAUGAUUCCACCGCUGGUGCUCGGGCUGAAAGAGUUGAGAAUUGGCUCGGUGGCUUCAACGUAGCAGUUGAGGCGAAAAUUGAAGAUUGCCAGUAA